AUGGAACCAGCGUUUACCUCCGGCAUUCAUCAAGUUAUUGAUAUCAACAGAUUCAGCACAUACCAGACGCUAUUACGUGUAACAGCAUACGUCAUGAGAUUUAUACAUAACUGUAGACAUUCUAGCAGACGACUUGAACCCUUGUCCUAUAGUGAACUUACACACGCAGAGAGAACAUGGCUUUUAAACUGUCAAACCAUUACUUACCAGGAAGAAAUCAUCAACAUGAGAUCCAGUAAAUCACGCUCAGAACUUGUCAAGCAACUAAGAUUAUUCAUCGACAAUGAUGGUGGAGUCCGCUGUGGAGGUAGAAUUCACAACGCGCUGCUGGCCGAGAGUUCGAAAUUUCCUUACCUGUUACCAUCAAAGCAUCCCUUGACCCAUUUGAUUGUUCUUGAUUGCCACCAGAGAGUGCUACAUGCGGGCGUUGAUUCUACUAUCACUUACAUUCGCCAGAAGUUCUGGAUCCCAGCUAUUCGUCAAUGUGUAAAGACAAUCAUUCGAAAAUGUGUCACGUGCAGAAAGGUAACUGGGAAGUCAUAUGCAUCCCCUGAUCCACCUCCCUUACCCAGAUGUAGAGUAGAAGAUACAGUACCGUUCACAGUAACAGGUGUCGACUUCACAGGCGCACUGUACGUCAGAAGUAAGAAUGAAACUGAAGAAAAGGCAUAUAUAUGUUUAUUUACAUGUGCAUCCACACGAGCGGUUCACUUAGAAGUCGUCCGAGAUUUGUCCGAAGAAUCCUUUCUUCAAGCUUUUAGGAGAUUCACCAGCCGGAAAUCUCUACCACACGUCAUGAUCUCCGACAACGCUUCAACAUUCAUGGCUGCUUCUAACCAUAUAAGACGUCUGUUCGAGUCGCGGAAAGUACAAGACGCCCUUACCAGUCAAGGUACCACGUGGAAGUUCAUACCCAAGCGCGCUCCAUGGUUUGGCGGCUGGUGGGAGAGAUUAAUCGGGCUCACCAAGACAGCACUGAAGAAGACUCUUGGUCGUUCUUACGUUAAUUCGACAUGCUACAGACGGUAG